UUGUCGCGUGUAGUGUCAUUGCGUGCGUACGGGUUUAUACAAAGUACUUGUCAACAUAAAGCGUAACAUAGGGCGCGACUACUCGCAUGGCUCUCCGAAGGUGUGCUGCGCUCGCUCCGCGGCUCUUACGGAACAGUCCCGCCCUGCCUGGAGCUCCCGUCCCGGGACGAACCUCUGCCUCCAGCCCUGUCGUCACUAACCGCUGUGGUGAAGAGCUGCAGCUCCGUCGGUUCAGCGCUGCGCCAUCGAGCGCAGGUGUGAGUUACGAGCAGCUGAAGCGGCUCCUGGCGGGGCGCAAAGCUGUGGUCAUAGACGUCAGGGAGCCGUGGGAGCUCAGGGAGUACGGCCACAUCCCCGGGUCCAUCAACGUUCCCCUGGGACAGGUGAACACUGCCCUCCAGCUGGCUCCGGAAGAGUUUGAUGAAAAGUAUGGGGGCGUGAUGCCCCAGCACACGGAUAACAUCGUGUUCACCUGCCUGGCAGGGAUCAGGAGCAAGAAAGCGCUGGACACAGCCGUCUCGUUGGGAUACAAAGAUGUUCAGAAUUACCUCGGUGGAUGGCAAGACUGGGAGAAGAAUGAACCGCAGAAGUGAUCCAGGGAUGUUGAAACAGGAAAAAAUGAAUCCAACAGAGAUCAGACUGGCAAGCAGGGUGCACGCUUGCGUCACAAGGUUUCUUGUAAAGGGUUUUUAGGAAUGUUAAUUGACUUUUUUUCCUCAUUUGUGAAUCCCAAAGAGUGAAACCAGAGGGCUCAGCGCAUAUCUACCAGCACAUCUCUGCUGCCAAAAAAAGAAAUUCUAAGCUACUGCGAUACUACUUGUAAUUUAAUUAGUAUAAAACUAUUUAUAAACUAUUUACAACGGGUAAUCUGUGAUUACUCUAAGCCUCUACAUAAUAAGGAGUGUGCAUUUCUACAUGAUCUAUGCAAACGCUCAUAGAUGCAUCUGUCAUUGUUGCCUACAUCAUUCAAUAAAUACAAUUAUAGUUUUGAUAAACCGA